GGCUAAACGAUAUGAUUUCCGUUUCCUCUUAGCAACAACAGAACAGAGAAAAGAGUGGUGAGUUGACAGUUGGUAAAGAAGAACUUCAAGUAUUACAGACAGACAACCAUGUCAGAAGUUGAAGAAACAUUGAAAAGGAUCCAGUCCCACAAAGGAGUGAUUGGAACAAUUGUAGUCAAUGCAGAAGGAAUCCCAAUAAGAACAACACUUGAUAACUCGACAACAGUGCAGUAUGCAGGGCUGCUCCAUCAGCUCACAAUGAAAGCUAGAAGCACAGUAAGAGACAUUGACCCACAGAAUGAUCUGACCUUUCUCCGGGUCAGAUCAAAGAAACAUGAAAUCAUGGUAGCACCAGACAAAGAAUACUUGUUGAUUGUUAUUCAGAACCCCAGUGAAUAGCUUCCUACAUUGGAGACGAUUUUUCUCAAGGAACCACUGACAGUCUGAAACUCCUGUGAGAUUCUGUAACCUUGUAUUUCACAUUCUGCACUGAACAGUGUAAUUACUAAUAAUUUGUAUUCUUUACCUGGUGUAUUCAAUGAGACAAAUCUGUCAUUUUUUUUUUCUGUUACUUGUUUAUUCAUUUACACGUAAAAAAAAAAAAUCCUUAGUGCCAAGAAGGAAAGGGCUAGUAAAAAAUAAAAGGAAAAAUCUGAGUAUUUAUUAUUUUUUUUUUUUUAUGUAACUGAGUGUUUUUCCUUAUUAGUAGGGAUGUUGGUGCUGAUUAUGAAUAAAAUACCAUAAUCUGUAAUCAGAGUUUCACUGAUUAUUAUUAUUAUUAUUAUUAUUAUUAUUAUUAUUAUCUGCACCUCUUUAAUGACACUUUAAGGAUUUAGUUGUGGAAGACAGGAAGGGAAAGAAGGAACAACUGAAGUAUUCAAGUACUGUCAAGUUAAUAUUGUGACAGAAAAAAAACUGCUUACAAACUUUGGAAAGUAACCGAAAACAGUAAUUUCAUACAGUAUAGAAAAAGUGAAAGCCCUGAAAAAAAAAUUAUUUGCAUAAAACUCGAAAAAGCACAGAAAAAUUAAAUUUAUAAAAACCAAAAAGCAGAAGCCCUAUGUAAAUUGUGUAAAACUGGAAACAAAUGUCCUACCCCUUAGCACCAUAUACCAGUAUCGGUGGGUGUAUACUGUUUUGGGUCAAAAAAAAGAUUGAAAUUUCUAGUAAACUCUGUUCUUCUUGGCUCACUGAAAUUGGUCCUUGUGAAACUUCUUGGAUACAGAGCACUGUGGAUUAACACUAUACAAUUUUUUUUUUUUUUUUUUUUAAAUAACAUAUAGUUAAUAGGAAUAAUAAAAUAGUGUAGAUAAUCUUAUUGUUAAAUAACUUCCAUCUGAUACAAAAACAUUUCAGAUGGCUAUAUCACAUCAAUACCAGGGUCUACAAUAUAUUAUAAUACUGUAUUAGAGAAUGCUGUAUUAUACUCAAUUAAAAUAUCAGAUAUGGGUCCAUUCAGUAUACCAUGUGCAAGAGUAUCUACAGUACUAACAAUAGAACUUGAUAUUCUGUUUGCUCUGGUGUCUUUGAUGCUGUAGGCACUUACAGUAUAGUGCUUUCUAGACACGUAUAAAUAGCAGCUGUUUAUUGUGCUCUGUUGGAAUACUUCCAUCUACUACCCCUUUGGCCUUGACUGACAAUCCAAAAGGUGGCAUGUUUGAAUUGUUGACUUAUGACAUGUAAUAGCCUAGCCCAGCCUAAAGACACCAACAUACCAUUCCCGGGAGCAACAAGCAGGGUAUAUUUGCAGAAAUUAACUUGUCUAGUGCCACAUUCUUAUUUUUUUCCAAUUCCUUCUAAAACAGUGAUACAAAAUAAAUCUGUCCAGUACAUUGUGAACAUGAACAAAAAAUGGAAACACCUUCCAUAAUAUUGUGAACAGGGUGUAGGUCCACAAUAGGUAGGAAAAUUCCUACCUCCUUCCAUAAGUUGGAGGUAGGAAUUUGCAAGUGAUUAUAGCUAACAAAAUGAUUCCACAAAUCUUACCUUUUGCACUUUCAUUAGCUACAGUGCAUUUUUCAAAGAAACACAUACAGUAGCAAACAUGUAUUUUCAUUAAAAACAAGUGAAGUACCUAAUAUGAUGUUUUAAAAUAAAUAUAUAUUUAUUUAUUUUUUCUUCGAAAAUGAACAUUUGAGACCUAUUUAACCAAUGGAGGUGCACAACAGGUAAGAUGUAUGCAAUAACUGUAUUUUGUUAGCUACAAUCACUUUAAACAAAAAAAAAAAAUCUGUCGAUUUAAUCUAAAAAAAAUCUAAAAUCUGUCGAGAAGCACCAUUUGCAUAACAAAUGAAUAAACCAUGAGGAACAGCCCAGUUACACAAAAGUUUGUUUUCAUUUUUUGUUGUGUAAUGCUGUAAAUGGCAUCAUGAAUCCAAUAAAAUAUUUCUGAUGGUGAUCUUAGCCAGCACUUUCUACUACACCACAAGAGGGGGCUAUACUACUGAAAAUAAUAACUUGGAAGCUUUUAGAAGGAAUAUACAAUUUGCAUUUAUUUAUUUAUUUGUACAUAUCAUUUAAACCAGGGGUGUCCAUACCUGGUCUUUGUUCAAACCCUGUUCUACAUUGUUUAAUUCAACCAAUUAAUUAUCAAAAAGCGAAAUGUAGGAUAGCAUGCUUUUUAGAAAAUUGUUAAAUGAUAUAUACUGAUAGACCAAAGAAGUUGAGCAACGAUCAAGUAGCAACAAUGAUGUGAUUAAGGCUACUGUAGAAUGUCUAUUGCUUGUCACAAAACACUGUACCGUAUGGUGCACACGUCUGCAGCUUUUACCAACCUAGUUUUACUUAAUAGUUUUUAUUUUGUUCAUUUUUAAUUCAUGCUGUUGGUGAAGAGUAUUUCUUUUCUUAAAAUAACUACCUUAAAAAGCAUAUAUUUUGUAUUAUUUAAAAUAGUCUGGUACUCCUGCCAUACCCCUUUAUGUAUUAUAGUAUGGUUUUUGCAGGGGUUUUUUUCAUACAUUAUUGUAAUACAUGUAUACUUAGGGCCCUACCUAAAUCGCGUUAAAAAUAAGAAAAAUUGUAAUUAUAGCUCUUUAAUUAUAGCACUGUUAGACACUGCGGUAGAAAACUAAUAUUGCACAAUCUGCAAUUUCCGCAAUAUCGCGAAUUAAGUAGGGGCCUCUGUAUACUAUAAUGCCAUCUAAAAAGAAAUGUAUUUAGGUAUUGCUGUAACCACCUAUCAAUACCACAGUAAAUAUAAAAUAUUGUUUUAAUGCACUAUUUUCAUUACAGUGAAGACAACCAUUAGUGUUCCCAUGGCUACAGUGUUGAAAUGGAACUGAUUGGUCGUUGGGUUAGCUAGAUGCAGCUGAUUAGAAACCUAGUAUUGCUCCAAGCCGCAAUCAACCACCUAAAAUACUGCCUCCUUUUGUAUUUGUAUGCAAAUACAGAUGUCAUGGAGUCACAUGUAAACAAGCCUAAACCUACAUAAAAGCAGAGUGCUAUGUUUUAAAAUCCCUUUGUUACCUCUUAGUAGUGCUAGCAAUACUAUCAAUGCUCCCCUUUCCUUUUGUUGAAGAUCUUUUGGUUCUUUGCUAGUAUUUUAUACUUUAAUUUGCAAAGAGCAGAUAUUACAAAGACAACACUACUGAUGAAAAGUUAAUGUUGCUUCCAGAUACCCAAUCACUUUAUGAGUGGGUUCAAACUCACUCCAAUGGCCUGCAAUCAAAUCACAUGACCUACAGAAAAGGUACCUGGAUACAAUAGUUUAUCUAUAGGGUUGUAAUUAGAAUAAGCGUUAAGAAAUCUAGAUAAACCAAACCAUUUUCAGCAUUCUAAAGCCUAAAGGUAAUCAAAUAAUGAAGGUAGUUGACAUUGUAGGUAGUUGGCACUCCUUUUAAUACAAAUGAAAACAAAGGUAGGGCUCGGUCAGGUUUUUUUUAUUUUUAUUUUGAACUAGUAUGCUAUUAUUUCAAGAAAACAUACUGUACUCAAACCAAUGACUUCAAUUUCAACAAUUGUAACUACACUUACUGCAUUAGGACGCACCCAUGCUAAUUUCCCACCUGAGAAUACACAAUGUAAAAUACACUUCAUAUGUGCACAAUUUUCCAGAGAAAGCGGCAAAGAAUUCCAGGCUUUAUGCCAUUCUACAUUCAAGUUCACAGCCUAUCCAUCUUUAUUUUGUAGCAUGCGCUGCAAUAUUUUGUCAAGAGCUUUCGAAAAUUAAAUAUGUACAUUAAAAUCCCGUUAUUUAUAACAAUGUUUAGCCAUUAAAUUCGACCUUCCAGUUCACUGUUGAUGUAAUAUGAUGCCAAUCCCCUUGCUUUAAUUCCACAUUGUUUGCAUUGAUUAAUUCACUUCUUCCCCUGUCUAAGCUCUCCAGGCUGCAGGGGCUGUAGGCGGUUCAAUCCAUCAAGCCUAGCCCACUUCGCUUUGUAUAGCACAGUUAUCACAACUCCAGGCACUGCCACUGCUCCCACACUUAAUGUGGGCGUAUUUGUUCAAUGUAAAAAAAAAAAUGUAAUUGCAAAACCGCUGCUAUUAACAUUAUGUAGUAAUAGUGAGUGAUAAACUUGCUGCCAGCAUCGAACAUUAUCCCUCUGUUGGAUCAGUGCCCUAUCUGAAAUAUAUUGAAGCUUUUCUAAACAUUGUCAUAGUUUCUACAGCUGGAAACUCACAUGGUAUAUAUUGACAAACAGGAGAACCCCUGAUUCUGUUUGCAAUACAAGGUUUUUCACUUUUGCUGCCAGGAUUCAGAGGCUUUUAACCUUUGCUGUUUGUAUUUUUAGUAUCAAAGCAUACUGUAGAACAAGUAUUUGUUCAGAGGCUAUAAAGUUGCAUUUAAACGUGUAGGGCUGUAUUCAUAAUCAUGUGCUGGGCAGUUCAUCAAAAUUGUGGUUCACUUUUGUUCACAUUUAUCCUCAGAGUAUAUAGUAAUGAAACCAAUGUUAAGGUGGUUCUACUGUAAGUUUCAGUUUCCCUUCUCUUGAUUCUACCGUGCAUUAUUGUAUUGCAUUGUGUUGUAUAUCGCUUUAAAAUCUACUGUUUUAUUAAACGAAAUUACAGCUCCUGAUUUUGCAGCUGCAGAAUCUAAAAACAACAAAAUGCUUUCUAAGCGUGCGAAUGAAAGUGCUGCAACCGCUGGUGUUUCCUGCUGGUUUUAUUUAAAUGAAGGAUGUCCCUUAUUCCACUAGAAACUUGCUUUUUUAACAACUCACUCGGCAAAAUGCUAAAAAUAUGCCAGUCACUAAAAUCUUUUUGCUUGUCAUCUGUAUUUUUUUUUUUAGUAAUGCACAUAAUACAGCACUGUAGAUUUGUUAAUACAAUUCUGUGAAUUAAAAUGUCAGUGUUAUUGGAAAGGGACUGAAAUAGAUCAUGAACUUUUCUUCAUAUAGUGUAAAGCUGGUUACUUUAUUAAUAAAAUCAAGAAUUGCAUUACCAUAAGUGCUACUCAGGUCAAAUAUCUUCCACUAUAUUAAUAAUAAAUGAUAAUGUAAGUGUUAAGUGUUCAAUGGUUUAUCUUGUUUUCUUCUCUUGUGUCUGCUGAGUAAUAAUUGUGAAGAAGCCUCCUUUCUCAAUGAAUAAGACAAUAAAGUCCACAAUCCCUU